AUGCCUUGUCUUUACAUCUCCACCAACAUUAACUUAGAUGGGGUGAACAUAGAUCCCAUCUUUUCUGAAGCCACCACUGCUAUCUCCACGAUCAUCGGCAGACCAGAGAAGUUUGUGAUGAUCAUAUUGAAGGGGUCAGUGCCAAUAUCUUUUGAGGGUAACAAAGAACCAGCUGCAUAUGCUGAGAUAGUUUCAAUGGGUGGCAUAGAUUCAGAAGUGAAGAGGAAGCUAAUUAAUACCAUUGGCACCAUAUUGCAAUCCAAGCUAUCAAUACCAAGAACACGAUUUUUUCUCAAAGUCUUUGACACAACACUUUUUCGUAAUAAAUCCAAAAUGUAA